AACCAAGGUCGGUCCCCGCGCGAAGUCCCUCAGUCUCUACGUUGGCUUGCUUCAUACUUCUUUUCCGCCUCGUUCUGGAUCACGGGAAUGCGAUUUAGAUUCGAGGGAGAACGGAAGAAGAAGAAAGCGUUACGCGGUGAGAACGAGAGCGAAAAAAAAAAAAAAAAAGCCAUUUUGUUUGCCGAGCGCCCGUGUGUGCGCGCGCUCCGGCGUCGUCUGCUCCGUUCGGUGAGCGCGAGCAGACGGCUCGGUGGGACCGUUGUCUGCUGUCGCCUGCUUUCUCUGCGAGGUGGUUUUCCAGCAAAUACAGGCAUUCCGCGCGAGGGGUCCGAUUAAUCGCAGCGUCGAGCAUCUGCUGAGCCGGGCCGUCCCUCGGAGUCCACACGCAUGUCGUCCCUGGUGACAUGGGCUGUUGCUGUUGCGGCGACGAAGGAACCAAGGUUCACUCGGUCGACGAACGCAAGACGUCCGUCGUCGACGUCUUCGUAGAGUACCACGGACCCGUCAAGGAGCGAUCAUGCACGGACACUGUCUGGCUCUUCCUGUUCGCUGCCUUCUGCGCCGGCCUGGGCUACAUCCUGUUCGUGGCCGUGCGGAAGGGGCAGCCCCUGCGGCUCAUCAACGGCCUGGACAACUACGGCAACAUCUGCGGCAUCCGAAACGACGCCGAUGCCCUGCCGGGGGUGCCGCAGUCCGGAAGAGACAUGAGUCAGCUCCCGCUGCUCGUGUUGGAAGACGUGCUUGGCCAAAGGAGGUACUGCGCCUCCAAAUGCCCCGUUGGUUACUUGACCACCCCGUUUCGGCGCUGCAUUGUGGAGAACCUUCCCAUCAGCUUCGCCGGCAGAGCCAUCAAUGUCAGCAGCUUAUUCUUUGAGGAAGCGGCAGAAGACUUGACGAUGUGCUGGCGGGAACUGGGAUACAUGUGCCUGAUCGCCCUGGGUUUCACCCUGGUAGUGCUGAUGCUGAUGCGCUUCUUCACCGCAGCCAUCGUCUGGCUCGUCCUGUUCACCAUUUCGCUCACCUGCGUCGGGGGAACCAGCUACCUCUGGUUCCUCUGGUAUAUCACUCGCCGCGACCUUUCGAGCUUGCCCGACAGCGAACCAAAGAAGCACCUAAACGAUCUCCAGUACUGGCUCGCGGCAGCCUGUUUGGCGACCAUUGUGACGGCAAUCCUUCUUCUGAUCAUUCUAGUCAUGCGCAAGCGCAUUCAACUGACGGCUGCCUUAUUCACCGAAGCAGGGAGAGCCCUGACUGCCUUACCUCUGCUUUUCCUCCAGCCACUCUGGACGCUGCUGUUUUUAAGCACGGUCUUCGCGGCUUGGAUCGUGGGAAUGCUGUUCAUCGUGACCUCUGGGGAUCUGACGGCCGACAAAACCAGCGGUCUUGUGUACCUAGCGCAGGACACACUGCUCAAGGUGGCCCCGUGGUACCAUCUGCUAGCGUUGUACUGGAUGACGCAGUUUAUCGUCAGCUGCCAGUACAUGGUCAUCGCCGGAGCCACCGCCACCUGGUAUUUCACGAGAGACAAAGACCUCGGGUCACCCAUCUGCACGAGCGGACACUACCUCCUACGCUACCACCUGGGGUCGGUGCUGCUGGGCUCUUUCUUGGUAGCACUCGUCAAGUUGCUCAGGGCUCUCCUCAAGUGGAUCGAAAAGCAGCUGAGCGGCCGGUUCAGCUCCUGUAAGGUCUUGCUCAAGGUCUGCCAAGUGUGCCUUUGCUGUUUUGAGAGGUUUCUCAAGUUCCUCAAUAGGAAUGCUUUCAUCCUCGUCGCCAUCCACGGCUACCCGUUCUGCAAGGCUGCACGCGAGGCGUUCUCGCUGCUGUCCAAGAACGUGCUUCGGGUGGCCGCCAUCAACUGCGUGGGCGACUUUGUCAUCUUCAUGGCCAAGGUCGGCGUCAUCGCGGGCACCACGCUCAUCGGCUACGAGAUCCUCAAGAUGAAAAACGAGGCCCUGCACUACAUCUGGCUGCCGUUGGUCGUGGGCGGCGUCUUUGCCUUUCUGAUAUCCCACUGCUUUCUUUCCGUAUACGAGAUGACCAUCGACACUCUUUUCCUCUGCUUCUGCGAGGACUGCCAGAUGAACGAUGGCAUCUCGAGACCCUACUUCAUGAGCACCAAUCUCAUGGCAUUUGUGAAGAACAGCAGAAAAGCAAGCAAAGCGGAUGUCAAGCAUCACAAGCGUGCUUAGCCUGCACUUGACUUCUCGCCGCCUUCACCUGGGCGGUAUCGAUAGCUUGUCGUAAAAGGAAGAGAACGGGGAAGGGGCAUUAUAGAGGACAUAGUAUUACGGCCACUGGUCUUAUGAACGCUAUGCUACAAUAAUCUAAGACUUUACGAAAUGCUGGUCGCCUGUUCGGCCUGGAAACGACUACGCUAGAAAUCAGAAAAUUUCAAGUAUGCACUUAAAACAGACAAAAAAACUUUAAAAAAACAACCAAAAAGAGUGUCCUAAGUAACCGUAACAAGACACAUAAGAAGCUGAUUGAAUUAUGCUACAAAAAAUUAAGAUACCUAAAAUUAGGUAAAAAAAAAAUCAAAAAGGCCGAAAUAUGAGAGGUGCAUAAAAUAACGGUGAAAGGCCCGUCCAAACAGGAUACUUUUGAAAUCGUGAAGCGACACGACUCCGACAUAAGUCGUUCGGCGGUCCGCUUCCGUCCGUUUAUUUAUUUUUUUUUUUUUUUUGGGGGGGGGGGAGAUGUUUUUUGUCUAAGCCCGUGCUCCCUAAUUUUCUCCACGCAUGCACAUCACGUGGGUCCGGACAGCCACUCACAAGCUCUGUUGGCUUUCGGUUAAUCGCUCAAGGCCUCCGCUGCUCUUCAGGUCCUGGAAACGGGAAAGGGAAGGGCCGGGGUUGGUCGUGUCAAGUGAGAACACAGAGCGACGCUGGAUGCGGGUAGUUUUCGAACGCAAAGGUACAAAACACUUACCCCGGGGGUAAUAUCGAGUAAAUUUUGGAACACGACCAAGGGGGCCUGGCAGAACAGAUCGACAGAAUUGGCAGGUGUCCUGUGACCUCAAGUCUGACGAGCGUCGUGGCCACCGAAUGCGGAGGAAGCGAGGAAGAAAAUCUGUGGAUGUUUGCUUGGUAAUGUUCGAACAGACGCCGGAACGCCGGACGCUUCAACUUCCACGAUUUUUGACGGAGUCGCGUCGCCUCGCGAUUUCUCAAGUGUCCUGUUUGGACAGUCCAAGUAUAAAAUGACAAAUCAUCCAUUCUUAUUUCUAGCAGUAUAAAUGGUGCCAAAAGGUUUUUGUGUAAGAAUUGGAUGUGCCACAUUGGACAAAAGCAUUUAGCAAUGAACUCCCGCGGACUUUGCGAUGCAGAAAUGGUGCGAAGAUAUGCUUGCCUUAACGUGGAAAAAUAAACGGGCCCCUGUUAAAUCAUUAUUUUCUAAAACUUGCGAGUGUUUCCGAGAUUUUUGGAUUAAAUAUCACGUAAAAAAAAUGGGUUGAGAAGAUUUUAAGGUUUCAAGUUCUGCCAAAUAUCACUGAACGGGUGUCGGACGCUCAAGCUGUGAAAAUUGUGAUCCACGUUUAGUGCGCACGCGUGUCAAGUUCUCACUGUGAUCGUAUGUUGUUUUAAAUGAUGACGCUGGACGCAUCCUUUCCUUUGUUCGUCUUUACACAACAGUUUUAAAUAUGUGUGCACAAUGCGGGGUUUUGAAAAUGGAAUAGUGUGACUAUCAUGGAUUGACAUCUUGCUGCGUGUGAAAGUGUAAAUAAAACGUUUUGAACCAUUC